AUAAAUACAUAAAUAAUGUAUUUUUUUUCUUAUUUUCUCCUUGAACUGAUCUCAAGGUAAUCUAACGGCAGAGAUAAUAGCAUACUCUUCAUCCAUUCAUUAUUCACUUCCAGAGUUCAGACAAAGGUUCUGAUGGUCCCACGAGAUCAUCUUCAAGCUCAAGCCCGCUAAACCUCAUCCCCAACUCAAAACGUUAUCCCUUCCUUCCUUAACCUGUGCAUAAACCCUCUCUCGCUGAUCCUGCGGAUCAUCAUCUCCUUCUCCACAAGAACCUCCAAAACCCUAACAAUGGCGACCCACUAAACCCUAGCUCCCCAACCACAUACCAUGGAUCUCUUGGCCCCUCCCAAUCUCCUCCCUUCUCCCUUCCCGUCCAACCCCAAGAUCACCCCUGUCCCCAAGGUUAGGGUUAGGGUUAGUAUUGGCGUUUCCAUCAAUCGGCUCCGCACGCUCGCGAGCUCCAAGACUCUGAACGGCCAUCUCACCCUUGGCUCCGCCCAUCAAGACCCCGACGCCGACCGCGAAGACAACCAACGACUCCAGCGCCUCGUCCGCAAUGGCGAUCUCGAGGAAGGCCUCAAGCUUUUGGAGCGCACGGCAUUCCGUGGCGGCAUCCCCGAUAUCAUCCCUUGCACCAGCCUCAUCCGUGGGUUCUGCCGCGCCGGCCGCACCGCGAAGGCUGCGCGCGUGCUCGACCUCGUCGAGCGCUCCGGCGCCUCCCCUGAUGUCAUCACCUUCAACGUCAUGAUCAGUGGUUACUGCAAGUCCGGCGAGCCGGAGCUCGCUCUCCGGCUCCUCCGCCGCAUGUCCGUCCCUCCCGACGUGGUCACCUACAAUACCAUCUUUCAAUGUUUGUGUGAAAGGAGGAAACUUGACAAAGCCCUUGAGUUGCUUGAUGAAAUGCUUCAGAGAGGUUGUGCUCCAGAUGUUUUCACUUACACUAUACUGAUUGAAGCAAUGUGCAAAGAUAGCGGUGUCGGGCAAGCGAUGAAGCUUUUGGAUGAAAUGCACGCCAAAGGUUGCAAGCCGGAUGUCGUCACUUACAAUGUGAUCAUCAAUGGAAUUUGCAAGGAAGGGAGGUUGGAUGAAGCUAUAAGAUUCUUAAAUGCAAUGCCGAGUUAUGGAUGUAAUCCGAAUGUGAUAAGCCAUAACAUUAUAUUGAGGAGUAUGUGUAGCACCGGCCGGUGGAUGGAUGCGGAGAAGUUGUUGGCUGAUAUGGUUGGGAAGGGAUGCGCGCCUAGUGUGGUGACUUUUAACAUCUUGAUUAAUUUCUUGUGCCGGAAGGGAUUGUUAGGACGAGCUAUGGAUGUGUUGGAGAGAAUGCCGGAGCAUGGCUGUACGCCUAACUCGUUGAGUUAUAACCCAUUGCUUCACGGGUUCUGCAAGGAGAAGAAGAUGGACAGAGCAAUUGAAUGUUUGGAGGUGAUGGUCUCGAGAGGGUGUUACCCGGAUAUUGUGACUUAUAAUACAUUGCUUACAGCAUUGUGCAAGGUUGGGAAGGUUGAUGUGGCUGUGGAGUUGCUUAGUCAGCUUGGUAGCAAGGGAUGCAAUCCUGUUUUGAUUAGUUAUAAUACUGUUAUCGAUGGACUCUCCAAGGUCGGGAAUACUGAAAAGGCGUUUGAACUUCUCAGAGAGAUGAAGACAAAGGGUCUGCAUCCUGAUAUAAUUACUUAUGCUUCACUUGUGGCUGGGCUCAGUAGAGAAGGCAAGGUCAGGGAAGCGAUUAAGGUAUUUCAUGAAAUGCAGGACGAUGGUAUCAGGCCUAAUGCCAUCACUUGCAAUUCAAUCAUUCUUGGACUCUGUAAAGCCAGGCAAACAGAUCAGGCUAUUGAUUUCUAUGCUGAUAUGGUGUCUUUGGGAUGUAUGCCCACUGAAUCAACCUACACUAUACUCAUAGAAGGACUAGCUUAUGAAGGCAUGUCCGAGGAGGCCUUGGAGUUACUAAGUGAAUUGUGUUCUCGAGGGGUUGUGAAGAAAACCUCAAUGCAGAAUGUGAAGGUGUAGGUUGAAGCAUAGAUUGUUUUGAGGAUAUUGGUUGAAUAUCGGGAGGUAUUGGAAAAUUGGUUUCCAUGGAUUUCGCUAACUCCCAUUUUACUAGGAAACCGACUUGAUGAUUUUCUGUACAAGCACUGAAAUGCUUCUUCAGUUAACGUUGCUGGAAGCUAAAUACAAGAGAAUAAUACAUUGGGGAUGCCAAAAUUUCAACACUAUUAAACUGAGGGUUUUGUUGUACAUGAUUGAUGGGUUUUCAGCCUGCCACAUUAUUUCUUGUUAGAAAAACAUUUUCAUCAUCUCUCUUUCCUGAAAAAGAAUAUGUGAUAAAAAUCUGCAUUAUUAAUGCCUGUAUAAGUUUAUUGAGUUGACCUCUUUCUUCAUUGUGUUACUAAAUUCCGUCAAACAGCUUCAAGUUGACAUAUUCCUGAUUGUAAGUUUGAGUUUUGCACAUGAGGUAUGUUUGCUUGGCAUAUAGUCACAAUACUAGCACCUUCCAGUGUGUUCUCAGUUUAUGUUUGUCUUAAAUUUAACAACCUUUCGAGCUUUCGAUUACCUUUUGUUAGAUAAUAGGUUUGUUUUAAGUGAGAAAUCAAUGGAAUAAAUAACAUUGUGCUGAAGUUUAUUUACUUAUUGUGUCUACAUGUUCUAAGAGAUUAACUGCAGUAAUCAGUUUAUUGCUUGAUCUGCAAUAUACAUAGGUUGCAACUUCAACAAACAUGUGUCCUUAUAAUUAACAAAGCACAAGCAUGCUCAUAAUUGUAAGAUGUCACCUUCUUACCCAUUUUACAGUGACCAUUGCUUGCCUAAUUUGUAUGCAGCUAUGCAUCACGUAAACCAUGAUAUCCUCUAUAGACACAUAAUUAUGUUGGAACUCUUUCAUGAUACAUGUACAAUUUUCUUUGUUUUUCCUGCACAAGUAAAUAUUGCUUGCAUAAUGUGUUGUGCCAUUCUAUUCAAUUACUGCUUGUUCAAAUCUGUUGCUUAUAUAUGUCUUUACACUCUUUGCAGAUUCUAUAUGAAAGUAAUAUACAUUAACACUCUUUGUAAAUUCUACAUGAAAGUAAUAUCCGUGAUACAUGUACAAUUCUAAUGAUUGGAAAUGAAUGUUUUCCUGAUACAUGUACAAUUUCCAUUGUUUGUCCUGUAUGCAAAUAUUGCUUGCUUAAUGUGCUUGUGCAUUUCUAUUAAUUGCUACCUAUUCUGUUGAAUCUGUCCUUCCCAUAUGUUUUACACUUUUUGCAAAUCUUAUUAUGACAUUAAUGUACAUGGAAGCCCUUUUUAUCCUUGCUCUUCGCACUGUUAUAUGCUUUCUCCAAGCAUCACAACUCUAUUAUCAAGAUAUUUCUAUUUCCAGUUGGGAAUCUGCCAGGUUAUAACUGUAAGAUAUUUGAUGUGAAACUACAACUUACCGAGUUUGUUUAACUGGGUGAAAUGUAUCUCUUGGUAAAUCUGCAUGUAUUUCAGGCUGAUGGCCAAUUGCCAUUUGGCAGCUACUUUGGUGCAUAUGUUAUUGUUCUUUAUAUGCCCCAAUAAAUUUUCAAUUAGAUAUCUAACCAUGCAAAAAUUGCUAGUGCAUACAUCUAUCAUACAAACCAAAGCUACUUGCCCUUUUGUACCCCUGCAAAAUUUGAUGUUUUGUUUUUUGAAAUCCUUGCAGAGUUCCAGUGCAUUUUACUUUUGUCUGGAAGCCGCACUACUAGCCUACCAGGCUCGAAGAUCUGAAAACCUUAUACUUGAAAGCACUUGAGCAAAGUGCGCGGAAUGGUAACAGGGGAUGAUGAGGGCCUGAAGCACCUGUAAACAAGCUUGAAGAGCAUCACCAACCAUUUGGCUCGGAGUGGGAAGUGGGUCACCUGAAAUCAUCUCAAGCAUGACUUAUUCCACUGCACAAAAGACAGCCACUAUUACUACUACUAUUGCUGCUGAUCAGAAGAUGAGCUAAGUAUACCUUCUUAUGAGCUGUCGCUCUUGUUUGUUGGUGGUGGUAGACUUAGCUUCUUUGAUUGAUUGGCUCCAGAAUGAGUCAUUAUCAUCUUUAUGUGCUUGGUUGCCCAUGAAAGUCGGCGAGGUGCCGUGGAAGGAAUGGCGACGAAAUCAGGUGGUUUAAUGCCAAACUACCAAUGAAUCCACAGAAUCUUGACAAAAAUCAGGUAGUGUAAUGCCAGACCAUCAAUCAAUUCGCUCGAUAGCGAUAGAGUGUUCUCGUCUCGAAGAUUAAGUGGAGAUUCUGACCAAUGGAGCUGCACUUUCCUACAUGAAUCUCUGUAAGUACUAAAAAAGUCAUCUCAGCUUUGCUGCAUAUUUUACUAGUAUCAUUGGUGGUGAGAAGAUAAGUGAACAUCUUCAUUGACGUGCAUAAGCAUGUGGGCUGGGAUGCAAUAAGAGAAAACAUUAACCCACGCAGGGGAUUUCAUUUCA